CUUAUGCGCAAGCCAAUACAUAGUAAAUAUACAUAAUGGAGUUAUAACACUAUACUGUGUUUCAUUUUCUUCCUUCAGAGUCGCCGGGAAAUUCAGUUUCCGUGGUCGGAAUCUGAUUAUGCCCAAUGGCGAAGGGCCGUAAACUGACGCACAGCCGCAGCGAGCGCUAUCUCGGGAGCUACAGUAGCUACAGCCACGCCCAAGAGUCGCCGGAGCUCGAUGAAGAUGAUGUCUGGUCGAUGGUGGAGAGCGUGGAGGAGAGGGACGACAACGAUGUUGACAACUCUCAGAUCGAGUGGAGUCCACGCGUGGCCGCCGAGACUAACGGAGGCUUUGCAGCGAGAGGGAGGAACCGGCGGAUCUCCCGGGACGAUGACAACGGUAGCGGAGGGCUGACGUUGGCUUUUGUCGAAGACUCGGGAAAGGCGGCGGCGUCGCCUCGGAUCGUGCAUCAGUUCCGCGGACAUGACAGCUUGGCGAGUCCACGUGGCCGCCACAUGGCCACGUCUCUCCCCAUGAACGUGCCGGACUGGAGCAAGAUUCUCCGAGUCGACUCGGUGGACUCUCUGUACGAGUUCGACGACGGCAUGGACCGCAGCAGCAACGACCCGGAGAUGAUCCCCCCACACGAGUACCUGGCGCGUGAGUACACGCGCGGCGCGACGUCAGUCUUCGAGGGGGUUGGCCGGACGUUGAAGGGCCGGGACAUGAGGCGGGUUAGGGAUGCGGUUUGGAGCCGGACUGGUUUCGAUGGUUAAGAUCACCUGGUAGUGUAGCAGAAGUAGAUGUUAAGAAGGAGGUUUUUUUUAUUUGUUUUGGGGUUAAUUCGUAUUUUUGAUUUGAGCAAUGAAUGAUUCAACUGAUCGAGUAGAUUCGGUUGCGAGUGAGCUCAAACAUGAAUUCUAAAUCAGAGAUGGAUUUUACUGUGGUGGCAUGGGCUGCAUUCUGGAGACAAUUUCUUAUUUAGUGGUAACUUUUUCCA